CAACUGUCUCUGAAGGAUUCUUGAUAACAUACAACAGUACAGAUCACGUACUCCAAAGACUCAGAGACUCAGACACCAACAUGCUCUUGUUCCUCUUCUUGUUUGGUCUGGCUCUGGGUGCCGUGUCUCCUUCUGAGGAACUUGAAGUGCAGCUACAGCGUGCCAGCUGUCCCACGUUCUGGGAAAGCUUCAACAACUGCUGCUACAAGUACGUCGCCUCAGUCAUGAACUGGGCUGAUGCAGAGCUCUACUGUGUCUCAGAGGGAGCCAACCUGGUGUCUAUCCGCAGUCUGGAUGAAGAGACCUUCGUCAAAUCCCUGAUCAAAAACUUUGACCCUGCUGAGAGACCCACCUGGACCGGACUCAGUGACAUCCACAAACAAGGAGCAUGGAUGUGGUCUGAUGGGUCUGCAGUCAACUUUACCUAUUGGAGUCCAGGAGAACCAAACAACAAAGGAGGACUUGAACACUGCGUUGACAGAAACUUCGGUGAUGAACUGAAAUGGAAUGAUGUCCCUUGUUCUAAAACGUAUGCCUCUGUUUGUAAAUCUUGUACAACCUGUCCUUAGCACCUGAGAUUGCUGCUCUGUUGACAUGCAUUUGGCCUCCACUAUAAAGACACAAAUGCACACUUA